UCAGUUACAUACCCACCCGCAUCUGGAAUAGAACACCAGUUUCGAUGACGAAUCCGCAAUUAUAAUUGUGUGAGAGUUUCCUUUUAAUUUACUCAUUUUAAAUUGUAUCUAUAAAUACUUUUGGAGUCGUGGACAACUCACAAGAAUGGGUUUCGAUUUUUCUAGAAGGCAAUGGUUGAUAAUAGUGGUUAUUUCAAUAGCAGAUUUCUGUAACGCUUUGUGCGUUGCUUUGCAGGCACCAUUUUACCCACAGGAGGCAGAGAAGAAAGGAUGUUCAGCGACGGAGUAUGGGCUGGUGUUCGGCGUGUUCGAGCUGGUGGUGUUUCUGGUGAGCCCUCUUUACGGCGCACACCUCAACCGCAUCGGACCCAAACUGCUCUUCAACGCCGGCAUUCAGACUACCGGCACCUGCGCCAUAUUGUUUGGGUUACUUGACAACGUGGAGGGUCACAUACCGUUUAUAACGCUGAGCUUCAUCAUCCGCAUCGUAGAGGCGAUGGGCAAUGCAGCAUUUCUCACCGCAUCCUUCGCCAUUAUCGCCAAAGAGUUCCCCAAUAAUGUCGCAACAAUGUUCGCUUCCCUUGAGACUUUCUUUGGGCUUGGUCUAAUAGUCGGUCCUACUCUUGGAGGCGCUCUGUAUGGAUUCGGCGGCUACUACCUUCCCUUCGCCGUGCUCGGCGCCACGCUUUUCUGCACGGCUGUCAUGAGCUACGCAGUGCUGCCCAAAUGCAAUGACGAUGAAGACUUAAAGCCAACUGGACCGACAAUGUUCACACUGCUCAAAAUUCCUGGCGUUUUGCUCUCGGCAAUCAGCAUAAUGUCGACGAGUUUGAGCAUUGGUUUUCUGCAGGCGACGCUUGAGCCUCACCUAAGACAAUUCAAAUUCUCUCCGGUGAUCCUGGGUCUGAUGUUCGUGAUCAACGGCGGGGUGUACGCGGUGUCUGCGCCGCUGUGGGGCUGGAUGUGCGACCAUCCUUCCAUCAAGCCCAAAUACGUCACUGUCAUCGGCUGCAUGUUCGUCGCGAGUGGCUUCCUCCUUAUCGGACCUGCGCCUUUUAUUGAUAUGCCUACGUUAAUGUGGGUUACGAUUAUGGGCUUGGUGCUCCAUGGAUUGGGUAUGGGAAGCCAGCUGGUUGCAUCUUUCUCGGACGCUCUCGGCACUGCAAUUGCAAACGGUUUACCUAACUCAAUAGAGACUUACGGUCUGGUCUCGGGCAUGUGGACGUCGGUGUUCGCGCUGGGGGCAUUCGUGGGCCCCACUGUGUCAGGGUUACUCUUCGAUUCCGUCGGUUUCAGAAACUCUACCAUGUUCGUUUUCAUUCUGCAUCUCAUUGUUAUGGUGGUAGUAAUGCUGUACCUGUGGGUGUGUGACCGCAGCACCAAGAUGGACGUGUCAGUGUCGGCCGGCGACUUACUGCAGCUGGACGGAACUCUAGACGAGAGUGUACUCAUCGGCGACAAAUACAUUAUGCCACCGCCGAGGGUUAAGAGUCGUCGCUGUGGCAUCAGCGUGGAACGUUCCCGGCCGCCCGCUAUGAACAGUCUUAUAGCGUGUACCAGCUGCAAGAACCGGCGCAGUCCUUGGAGCCAGCGCACGCCCGUCUACCGGCCUUCCUACGGCAGCCUCGACCACCGCUUCCGUGGCGCCCUCUCUGUCACGUAAACAAAUAUUAUUGUUAUAAAUAAUUUUGUAACAUU